AUGUCAUUAUCAACGUCAUCAAAAUCAUGUCGUCGUUCUAACUGUCGUCAAUCGGACUGUCCUUGCAAUCAAACUGUUCUAACUCGAUCGCUCAAUCGAGAUUUAUUGACAUUGAAAUCUCAGAGUUACUUUUCGGACUUUAUCAUUCAAGUUGGAGAAUGUAUUUAUCCUGUUCAUCGAUCGGUUCUCGCUGCUCGUUCAGAUGUUUUCCUCACGAUGUUCCAACAACAAGAUACGAUUGAAAUCACGAAUUCAUGUCUGAUUCUCAAUGAUUAUAACUCAUCGUCGAUCGAUCUAUUCCUUAAAUAUCUCUAUUCCGAUACGUGUAUAUUCAACGACGAGAAGAAAGCGGAAGAGAUCCUUGAAUUAGCUGAUAAAUAUCACGUGGAAAGCUUAAAAGUCCUUGCUGAAGAUUACUUCAUAUUAACGAAAGAAAAUUGUAUUCGAUUACUAAUACUUGCCGAUCGACAUACAGCGACACGAUUGAAAGACCUAGCAUUGAAGUUUAUCAAUCAUAAUCUCACGCAAAUCUUCUCAGAAACAGGUCCUGCAGAUUGGCUUACAUUUCGACAAACAUACUCGAAUCUCGUCGCUGAUCUCUACGAAAAAGCACUCAAUCUACAAGCGAUACUCGUAAUCAAACGAUGA